CACCUAUGAAGAGACGAAACAGGCGUAGUCCCGCUUCUCUUUCGGAUUGUCAAGCGGCCGUCAAUCCGAGCGGAGCCUCUGGAAGAAGCGCCAGCACCAAGAUGUCUCGUCGGCGGCCAAAAAGUUCCACAUUUCAAGUCUUUCGUGCUGGUGGUCCCAGCACCAGUCGAGCCGCCAGCAAUUCUUCAGAUGGCAGCCACAGCGAUUCCACAAUUUGCACAUCUAUUGCGAAUCAGAAUAGCAUGUGCUACAUGCAUAACGAUAUGGGCAAUCGUCGGAGGAGUCCGCUUUCGCCGCAGGAGACGGUGGCCAAAAAUCGCGACAAUAUACACAGACUCGAGACGAUCGUCGUGAGCCAAGAGAUUCGCAUUUGCGCCUUGGAAAAGAACUUCCACGAUAUUUGUAAUGCGAUAAUACCGCAGAAGGCCCACAAAUAUGCAAGUCGCCCCACCUCGGCUGCAUCAGAUUCUGAUGGCAAUGCCAGAGGCAGAAUCAACGAUUCUCCAUCUACUUCUCACGCAGCUAAGCAUCGCCGUAGCCGACAUAUCUAGCAACACAAAGGGGCAAAGAAAAGCGAAUUAAAAACAAACUUAAAAGGGACUAGUCCGGCUGAGCUCUUGUGCAACUUUGAAUCAAGAUUAUCCCAUGAGUCCCCUUCACCAUCCAAAGAAAGUCUUAAACCAGCUGAACGUGCGAGUUGCGUGCGAGUUUCUGCAACCGAACUUUUUACUUUACGAUCCUUGUCCGCUUGAUGUUGCUUACACCCUUUACAGAAGCGCCCAAAAAAAAGUUAGCACUCUAAACGCGUUUACUCAUAUUUAAGAUAGCAACGGGCAGCAAGAGCUGAAAGAGGAGGAGAAGCAUAAGCCAGAUUAAGUCUAUGGCCACGCAGAAACCGCAAAUACCCUCCCAAAGAGCACGGCGCGGACGCAUUCAAAAAGCACUCACAGCAGCCAAAAGUAGGGCCUAAUGGAUCCAUAAGACCUGCAGCCAGUAACAACAUAAUUCCGAGAAAUACAAAAUGCAUUUGAAUAGAGGAUGCAUAUUGCAAUGCAUUGCGCUGCUGAUGACUCUAAAUCCUGAUGUUAAUUUGGCACCCGGCCCCAUCUCCAUUCUAAAAAGAAGUCCCCCAGCCAUAAGGCCGAAUUCAACAGAAUUUAAAAUUUUCUAUAAACCUGCUAACUGGCUGCUCGUGGUCUCAGCACAGUCCACUGAACAAGGCGCCACAUCAAUAAGAAUAUUUAAUAUUGCUAAUUGCAUUAUGCAGACACUAAGCAGUCGAUUGAUCGUUUGGGGAAAACGCGUGGCCAGCUGACAGAGAAAACCCCCAGCCAGCCACAUGAACUUGUGAGCCAGCAAGAGCUGCAUGCGGCUUAGUGGGCGAUAAGGCGAUACACAAUAAGCGAUUCCAUCGAUAUGCAAUCAGUCAUAAGACUUGGAAGCUCCCGACGAACAUGAACCUAUUAUGUAGAUAAGAAUUCGAGCUAUAAAAGAGACCCGACGCGGUCAUUAACCAUUCACAGUCUACCCACCAACAUAGUGAGCAAUCGAAAUGGCUUCCCAACUCUUCCUUGUGGCCCUCCUGGGCAUCGCCCUAGUGAGCGCUACACCAGUGCCCCAGCAGGCUGGCAGUGCUAAUUUCUCCUCGGCAAUGGCCCGUUACUUGGAGGCCUUCAGGAGCAUUAUGCCUGCGGCUAUGCCCCCCGACAUCCCCGUGCUUGCUCCUAUUAUUAAUACCUUCACCGGCUACAACAUCUCCACCGACGACUACAGCCUAGUUGGAAAUACCAGCAACAUCCGUAUCGAGGGCCUGAACAACUUCAAGAUUCUGAGUGCCAGCGACUACGGCACCACCGGCGAGGCAGCCUACGACGUGAUCUUCCCCAAGAUCCAGAUUCUGGGAUCUUCCGAGGUCGAGGGUUGGAUCAACUUUGGCGGCUUCCAUCUGCCCAUCCGCCAGCGCGCUGUGAUCAAUGAGGCCUUUGUGGAUCUGCGCUUUGUGGGCAGCUACUCUUUUGCCAAUAGCCUGACCAACUCCUCGGGUCUGCGCAUCGUCGACUUCAAGCUGGCCAUCUAUCUGGCCGACGUUCAGUUGGACAACUGGAACACGCUGUGGAACAUCUCCACCAACAACUUCUGGAACCGCUAUAGCAAGCUCUUCCUUUCUCUUGGUCUGGAGGAGAUCCAGCCACAGAUCACCGACUACUUGUACCAGAACCUGCUCGUGCCGAAGAUCAAUGAGAUUCUCGCCAACGUUAGCAUGGAGGAAUUGGUCAACUACUACCAGUCGCAGGCCCAGCUCUGGGAGAAUGCCAACUGCCACGCUUAGAUAUCUCCCUUAUAUCAAUCAUAUAAAUAUAAAUGAGCAAUUCAAAGCAGCAAUUAAACUUUCUUUCUCCAUUUAAUAAAGUAAAGUAAAGGCCAGUCCAACUUCAACUUCUA